AUGGAGGCAAAUCGUAGUUUAUCCGUGAAAUUGAAACAUCGUCGUAAAUAUGCUUAUAAAGUUGCAAAUCAUAGAAGCAAACAAUUUAUAAGAAAUAUAGUAUUCCAGGAUGAGUCGCAAGUCCCAAGCCACCGCCCAAAGCUCCUUCAAGUGCCAAGUGUGCGGCAAAGUGUUCGGCCAACAGGGUCAUCUCUUCAUUCACAAGAAUGUCCACGCGGAGUGAGGCCCUUCGGAUGCGACACCUGCGGCAGGCGCUUCAGUCAGAAGGGAAACCUCCUUCGCCACUCGCUCUUGCACACCAACGAGAAGCCCUUCGGAUGCGGCGUCUGCAGGAAGUUCUUCGUGCAAAAGGCUCACUUGGUGAAACACGUGGUGGUUCACAGGCAGAGGCUGGCUGCCCUCAAGAGGUGUCGGCGGAGGGAGGCGUUGGAGCGAGGGUCCUCCGCUGAGGCCAAGGAGGGCGCCCUCAGGUGCAAGGUCUGCGGAUUACAGUUCAGGCGGAUUUUCCAGCUGAUGGAAACACCUGAAGGCCCAGCAUAUUCUCGGAAGGGAAGGGAAAUAGUACGCCAUCUCUCCUUUGUGAUAAAUGCGUUGGACAAGACCUAG